CGCGAACCUCUCUCUUCUCGCACUUUGCGAUCUGCGUUCGUCGGUGUCGGAUCGCCGGUUUUACCCGACACGUUUCGUUUUAUCGAUCCUUCCGGAUCCUACCGAUUACCACCACCGCGAAGAUCGCGUUUGACCCACCCUCCGAAAUUUCACGGUAAACGCGACGAUAUCGCAGUUCGAUUUCGAACGGACCGCGCCAACGUUUCACCCGCUCACCCCUCCCCAACAAAAAAACCAAAAAAAAAAAUUGAAAAAUAUUUGAGCGAUUGAAAAAGUUUUUUUUCUUACUAGUCACAGUGAAUGUUAAAACGAAUAAAUAUUUAAACAAAGUGAUAUAUUUAUAUAUAAACAGUGAAUUACAGUAUAUCCUGGUAUACCGCAUCGAUCGUGAAUUUGAAUCGAUUGAAAAUCAAAUUAAAGUUAAUCAGAAUUAACGAGUGAAUAUUUUAUCGCAAUUGUGUGAAUAUUGAAUCUCAAAAGUUCUCAGUUUUUUGAUUAUAUUCUUUUAUUUUCUUCUUCUUUCAUUCCACGUUUUUGGUGAAGUGCAACAUACGGGAUAAGACGAGGAUAAAUUUUUCCAGCUGGCAUAUUGAUGGAUAUCCAACGUUCGAACAUCGUCGAAAGUGAACGAUGCUCGUCGUAACGGGUAACAUCGAAGUGGCGCAAGAAAAAGCGUCUCCCGAAGAAGAGGGAUUCGAGUCGUCGUCGGUAACGACAAUCGUCGGAAAUGACUAUGGCGAGUGUCGCCGUCACCCAGGGUAGCCCAGGUAACCCUUCGGCGAUCGUAACUCCGAAGAGAUACCACCACCUUCAAUCUCCGUUGAACAACAACAAUCAUCACUCCACCACGUCUACGUUGUCGUCACCGAAUACUUCGCCCGUACCCGGAAAAAAUUACGACACUCUCGGCAAGGGUAAAAAAUCGUGGAGCGUUCGCCUGGGUCUGUCGCGUCAGAGUCAGAUAUCGGAGAACGAUGGAUCCGCCAAACAUCAUCAGGGUUGGGGAACGAUAUCCGGAGGCUCGGCGCUUUCUCGUCAGAUGCGUUACGGUGAUCCGUGGCUGUACGGAACCGUACGCGGUGUACAACGUCAGACUCAGAGUAGCCGAAAUUCGCCCCAAGGAUACCUGAGCGCUUCCCAGCACGGUGGGCCGAUUCUCUUAGUUUGUUCGUGUCCCGAAUUUCUGAGCGGUACCGCCCGUAGACUCGGCAAUUGCAGGAAAUGCGGCGGUCACAGAUUGGCCGGACUUCCUCUGGGAGGUACGUGCAGGGCGCCGUCGACGACCUCCUCCAGGUCGCGACCGAGCCUAGCCGGUGUGCUGAGAGCGCCGUUGGACGACCCCUACGACCUAGUGAGAAGGUCGAGACUGGUGGAGCCGAGAUCGAGGGCGAGGAGCAUAAGUCCGCACAGGCAGGAAAAUUCGAGAGACCCGAGGAGCCAGAGCGUCGCCUGGCCGGUCAAGGAGACCGAAAUAUCCUGCAGGAACGAUCGGUGGUUCGAGUCGGAGGUGAAUCCUUCGGGAUUCGGCGCGAAACGCGACGUGAGUCAGGGCGACGAUUGGCUGGAGGAGGAGAGUUCGGGGGAGGAGAAGAGGGUGGCGACGAUAUCGAGGAGGAGCGUGAUAACGAGGUCCCAGAGGCUGAGCGGUCAGCAGAGGGGCGACGCGGACUCGAGGAAGAGUAUUCUUGAGUGCGACGUGAACCCCUACCUGCUGGUGAAGAAGCAGAUCAGAGACGAGGACGACUUCAGCGACGAUCUUUCGGACAACGCUCUCGAGCUCGACGAGCCCCUGCCCACGCUCUUCGACCCCUCGAAGGUCAAAUCGAUCGAACGAAUACCGGCGAGGUGCAGCUCCGUGGCGGCCAUCGGUGGGCAGAGGAUCAGGGUGUUCAGCGAACCCAGGAGCGUCUCGGACGCCGAGGACAAUCAGGAGGAGGAAAAGGAACCCGCUGAGGAACUCGAAGCGCAGGACGUCAGACGUAAAAGAGAAAGGGAGAGGGAGAGGGACCUCAGAGAAAGAGAAAGGGAAAGGGAGAGGGCGAAGGUCGAGAAAGAGGAAGUCGCCAACGUUGACGAAGAGUACAACGAAGGUGACGGCGUCAUCUCGACGACUUCUCUACUUUCCACACCGACCAGCAUACCGAUACCAAAAGUCUGUCCGAAAAGGCCACCCCGGAAGCAGAAAGUCGAUCAGACGAAAGCGUUGCCGAUUAAAAGUAUUCUGAAGAGGUCGAAGGUCGGAGGUAGGCCUUCGGGCAAGAAGAAGAGCGUUCUGUUCAACGUGGACAACGUUAUUUUCGCCCCCGCCAAGCCGGAUUUUUGCACCUCGUCCAGACGUCUGGUGGAAAAAACUUCGCCCGGUGUCCCGGGUGUCGAGGAGUGCGAAGAAUUGGAAGACUUCGUCGCGCCUGACGAAAAAAAGUCACAAGUCAGACCGAAGUUCAUCACGAUACCGAACAUAAAGAAUCACAGAACGCCGGAGAAGGUUGUCGUCGGCAAAGUGGCGCAGGGGCAGUUCGGUAAGCCCGAAAAAAGUGGGGGUAGCGAUUCACCCCGAAGAUCCGGGAUACCUAAGAGCGUAGGGAUCGGAAAGGAGAGCGUGGAAAGGCAGGAAAAAAUUGACGAAAAGGAAGCGAUCGAGACGUGCGUUUCCCCGGCGUCGGAGGACAGGAAAAUCGUGGAAACUGGGGACGAGAGAGCGUCGAGAGUCGCCGAUGUGAAAGCCGAGGACGAAACCGAACUGGAAAUCGAAAUCGAAGAGCUCGAGGACUGCGGCGGCAAUCCCACAGCCGAGAAGGAUCGACGAGAAAAUUCGUCGCACGUCGAGAACGACGCGCUGAGGAGACCGACACUCCACAGGAGUUUCAGCGAAAGAAUCGUAGCUAAACCGGGAAUGGUCGAAGAAGUUCCUUUCACGGACACGAUGAGAUUGAGCGUCAGAAAACGUCAGAGAAAUUUGAAAAACGGGGCAGCGAUUUCGCCCGAUUCUCCCGCGGACCCCCAAGAAUUCUUUUUCAAAGUUUCGAAACCGGAAGUGGUUCGAGGAUCCGAACCGCCGUCAGCGGAAUUUUUAGGGGAGGACGAACGGGACGUGGUCCCCGAGAACGUAGCCGGAUUCGGGGAGAAGGAGGCCGAACCGCCUCCGUUGAGAAACGACAGCCGAAAUUUGGAACAUUUUCAGAGAAUGAGACCGACCAGCUGGUCUCCUCCUCCUCCUACGGUGAAGCACAAGGGUCAUCCGCAAAAUCGCAUCAGCGAUCCUGGAACUGUAGAGUUCGAUCCUCCCGAGGGACGAACAGCCGCCAAAAUCAAAGCUUCUUACCGAUCCGUCGAAUCGCCGAUUGUCGGUAUAGCUUCUAGCAAGUCCGAAAAUGUGUUCAAGAUAACCGUUAGUCCGAUACAGUCGCCGUUGGUCCACAGACUGAAAAUCGGAUCGUCCGGGGCAACGGGGAGCGGCGGAAUCGUCGAAAAUUUGAACUGUACAAGCGGAACCGGUCGAAGAACAUCGAUAAUGAUUAACGCCGAUCAAAAUCUGAACGCCGAAACUAGUUCCGACAACAAAGUGACGAUAAGCGUAGGCGGCGAGGACAGCGUCUGCAAUCCAACGGUUAUUUCCGUCAAUUCCGAGGCGUCUCCGAAGAUCCAAAGUUCUCCGGAGAACAGGACCCUAGUUAUCCUCGACAAUUACAGCUCGAACAUCAUCGUCGAGCCUUCGAAGGACGACAGGAUGUCCAGGGCUUGGUCCGAGGGGUCCGACGACUCCUUGGAACGACCUUCGAAAGGGGGCGACAAACGGGGGGAUAAAAUCGUCAAGCCCGAAGACGGGACUUCGGGUCUGGAAACGAAGGCGAGGAAGUCGCGGCUCUCGAAGGAGGCCGUGGUGUCCAAGCUCCUGGAGGACUCGCUGAAGAAGGCAAGAAAGAAUGGCGAGAUUCUCGACGAGACGAGCGGCGAAGCGAUUUUGAAAAUUUUGAAACAGACUCUGCUGAAAUCCGGGGACUACGAGGGCAACGAGGGAUCGGUGAUAUUGCAUCAGGAUUCCGAAAACUCGUACUCGAGAACGUCCAGUUUGAAUUCCGAGGUCGAUUUCGUCUCGGCCAAUAUGUACAUGGAAGAAAAUCCGUACGAAGUUAUAAAGGAACCGAUUUACGAAGAGAUUCCCGACGAGCCACCGCCACUUCCUCUUAGCCCGCCACCCUCCGAAAAUUACACCGGCAAAGAGCACAUUUACUUCGGCGAAGAGUACAAAGAAAGUUAUUACAAGAAAUUUAACUCGCGACAAUUCAUGCGAUCCUAUUUCCCCGAUGAUUUUCUCAAGAAAUCCUCCAACGCCGACGACGCGAAUCGCAAGAAGACGACGUCCGAGGAGAAUUACACCUCCAAAUUCGAACUGCUCAAUUACUUGAUGGACUCCAAGGAACGCAGCGGACUCGCCGAAGAGGAAGAGGACGCCGAUGGCGAACUCGACGCCCUUUACGAACAGAAGGAAACAAGCUUGGACGAUCUGAGCUCGAAAAGUUCGCAGAUCUCGAACGUAUCCGACAGCAGCGAAGAGAGCAAUUUAGCGCUCGCCACCUCCAGUUCUCCCGAAACUUUGAAGAUGAGAACUGUGGACAUAGAGCGAACCGAUAGCGGAGUCGGUUCGGAAAGCAGUCAAGCGAGUAGCAGCCGCGGCGCGGUGAGAAGAUGGAGAGGCGGAGGAAACGGGGGAGGAGGAAACAACGGAGGAUCAUCUGGACCGGGAAGUCUCCUCGGUGGGAUCCCUCAAGUGGUUUCCGGAGACGCGAAGCUCUGCCAGGACUGCGAACAGCGAUUGGACCCUCUAGUCACGAUCAGCGGUGUAGUGUACGCCCCUUUCGUCUGCAGGAAGUGUGCGAAAAAACGAUCGGAGCGAAAAGAAAUAAUAAUGGAAAUCGUCGAGACGGAGCAAAAAUACGGUCGUGAUUUGCAGAUAAUAUUGGAGGAAUUUCACAGACCGAUGUUGAGGGCAGGACUGUUGACGCAGGAUCAGUUGUCGGCGAUAUUCCUGAACGUCGAGGAACUUUUGGAGCACAAUAUCAUACUCGCCGAUAAACUUAGGGACGCGGUUGAUUACGCUCAGGUGUCCGGCGACGACGACCUGGUCACAACGGACGUCGGUAAAAUAUUUCUGGAGUCCGAGGGUAUGCUUCACGCCUUCGAAAGCUACUGUACUCGUCAAGGCGGAGCGAGUCUGCUGUUGCAAAAUCUCGAGAAAGAGAAAGAAUUGCUCAGGAUAUUCCUGAAGGUAUCGCAAAUGGAGAACGCGGUACUUCGACGGAUGAAUCUCAAUUCUUUUCUCAUGGUACCCGUCCAACGGGUCACCAAAUACCCCCUACUUCUAGCCAGGCUUUACAAAGCUACCCCCUUCGCUCGUCCCGAUGUACAGUUGGCCAGAAAUAAAUUGAAACAGGCACAGACCAACAUCGAACUGCACUUGGAACACAUGAACGCUGAAGCCAAAGAUGUAACGUCGACGAAACUCUGGCGAAGGAUAUCGAUCAUUCAAAACGGCAGACGGUCCAUGGGCGAACAGGACAUGGUCAACAUCAAGCUGAGAAAGAUGGCUGUCGAGGUAUUGGAAUGGGCCCACGAAGAGGUAAGAUUCGCGCUGGAGGGUCGUCUUCUGGUUGCUCUACCGACGGACAACAAUUGGAGACGUGGAAAAACCGUUAAACUGGUACCGGUAACGGCGAUGCUGGUUACAAACGGAAAACCGAAUACUCAACCCCUGGAUAUCACGGACGAUUCGCUUUUUCCAAGACAAAUCGGCAUCAAGGAGGCUACCCUUCUUCUCGUCAAGGAAAAAAUCGGACGAUACUCUCUGCUGAGGGAACCCCUUUACCUGGACAAGUGCAUUGUUUGCUGCGAAGCCGACCUCGAAGACUAUUUUGAAAUACAAGAAUUGUCCUCGAAGGAAACGUUCAUAUUCAAGGCUGAGGACGGCGUGAGGACCAAACGUUGGUGCAGGACUCUUCAGGCCCACGCACAAUCCUUGGGGGCAUGGCGUCGACGUCGUGGCGCACUUGCGAAUAUCAUGAUUUGCGGUGUAGCGCGAAAUUGAGGGGUAAAAAAAUUAUCUUCCAUUUCAAGUUUGUUUUUUUUUUUUUUGGUUUUUUUUUCCGAUAUAUCCCUGUAGCCAAAUAUCGCGACGUAUUCUCUUCUGAUCCUUGCGAGGACCAAACGUGGGAUAAAAUCGGUCCUGUGCAGUAUGAUGGUAAGCUUUGGAAGAUAAUGCGUUUGGAUUUACAUACAUAUGUAUAAACUAUAUUUAUACGAGGAUAAUUUUCACGUCAUCUUAUCGGAGAAUUUAUAAGACGAAAUGUGAAAAUUUAUUUUCUUCAUCUAGUUAAAAGUAAUCAGCUCAUCUUGUAAAUCGGAUAAAUGAAGUUUUGAUUUCUUUUAUCUGCAUCGUGAUACCGUAUUUGAUGAACGAAAUCUCAGAUCUUUUUUUUUUUUUUUCCUUUUAAUUGUUUUCUUUUUCUAUAUAUUGCACAGCACUGAAUAUAUUAACUGAACAUAUACCAGCGAUCAUGAGAUUCUCAAAAAUCGUGAAGAAUGAACAUUUUCGUAUUUUCCGAGUAUUAUUAUCAACGUUAUCCGUUAUUAUUGAGAAAAUUUCAAACGUCGCUGUAUGAACAAAAAUAAUAAUAUUGAUAAUGAUAAAAUACAGUAGCAAAUAAGAAUAAUCGAUUCCUAAUAUCAUAUAAUAUAUUGCCUAUAUAAUUGUAUUUAUAAAUAUCCACAAAGUGUGUUACGUGAAAAAAAAAAGAGAGAAAAUUAUUUAAUAUCUUAUUAUACGUAUUCCUGAAAAUGACGAGUAGCUGUGAUAUUUACCGGUGUGUUGGGUUUUUUUUAAAUAGUAGUUUCUUUUCCGCUGAACAGAAUGAAAAUUAAAAAAAAAAUUAAUAAACAAAUAAUGAUACAGGUGAGCACAGUAGAAGUAGCCACGGUUAUGAGGUACGAUAUUCGGUGUACUCUUUUGUACGUAAUUAUCGAGUAUCCAAACGCCUCGGAGCAGGGUAACCCUUUGAAUGUUCGAUCGAAUACGAUGAUUAUUCAAAUUAUUUUUACAAUUAUAGUAAUACUCUUUCAUGUAUUUAUGAUUAACUUUAGUAAUGCUAAAAAAAUUCGCUUGUAGGUACUGUAGAAUUAUAUAACGUGUAACUGUACUAUACUUCAUUAUUUAAUCGAUAAGUUUUUGUGUAUAUAUACAUAUACAUACGUAUGUCUAUAUAUAUAUAUUCUGAAUAAUCCUGUAGAAAUUUGAUAAAUAUAUUCCAUUAUCGUGA